AUGGACUCGGAACUCGAGUUCGCUAUUCAACCAAACACGACAGGCAAGCAAUUGUUUGACCAAGUAGUGAAAACUAUUGCCCUUCGUGAAAUCUGGUUUUUUGGGCUUCAAUACACAGAUUCCAAAGAUUUUCCGUGUUGGUUAAAAUUAAACAAGAAAGUUCUAGGUCAAGAUAUCAAAAAGAACUCCUCUCAACCAUUAACGUUUAAAUUUCGUGCUCGCUUCUUUCCUGAAGAAGUGUCCGAAGAGCUCAUUCAAGAAAUAACUCAAAAACUUUUCUUUCUUCAAGUCAAAGAAUCGAUUCUCACGGACGAAGUCUAUUGCCCACCGGAAACUUGUGUUCUUCUUGCAUCAUAUGCAAUGCAAGCCAAACAUGGAGAUUUUAACGAAGAAAUACAUCGAUCAGGAUCAUUAGCGAAUGAACGCCUCUUACCUAAACGUGUUAUGGAACAAUUUCAACUAUCGUCAGAAGAAUGGGAAAAGCGAGUAGUCAAUUGGUGGAAGGAACAUCGCGGAAUGCUCAAAGAAGAAGCAAUGCUUGAAUAUCUGAAAAUUGCUCAAGAUCUGGAAAUGUACGGUGUCAAUUACUUUGAUAUUCGUAAUAAAAAGGGCACGGAGCUCUACCUUGGCGUUGAUGCUCUCGGCCUCAACAUUUAUGACAAACAAGACAAACUAACCCCCAAAAUUGGCUUUCCAUGGAGCGAAAUUCGAAAUAUUUCAUUCAAUGAUAAAAAAUUCGUGAUUAAACCCAUGGAGAAAAAAUCACCCGAUUUCAUUUUCUAUGCACCAAGACUUCGUAUCAACCGACGAAUUCUAUCACUUUGCAUGGGCAAUCAUGAAUUAUACAUGCGUCGUCGAAAAUCGGAUUCUAUCGAAGUUCAACAAAUGAAAGCACAAGCCCAAGAAGAAAAACUAGCUCGUCUGCAAGAACGAGAACGAAUUCAAGCUGAAAUCGAUCGUCGUAAGCAAGCUGAACAAGAACGAGAAGCGAUGAGAAGAAAAGUUGAAGAUCUCGAACGAAAUGCAGCGGACGCAAGACGAGGUGAAUAG